CGUUCCAACCCGGAAGAAUUGUCCUCUUCUGAUUAACGUUUGAAUAAACAAGAAUGGCCAAUUUGUUUUAGCAAAACAUUGCAAGCGAUGUUACUAAAAAAUAUCGUAUAUUUCAACUAAUAAAUAUAGAUGUCUUGUAAGGCAUGGACAUGAGCGAAUGUGUGUAACAACGCCCUAAUGUCAGCCACCUUGUUGGAUAAAAAGAACCCCGUUGUGUUCACGAAUCGGUAGGAAUUAUUGUUACCCUGCAGUGUGGUUGUUUUUGACGAAGGAAAUAUGGCUGAAUUGCACGUUGUGGAGCAGAGUGGUACUAGCACUAUAGAACAAACCGAGCACCGUGAUGUCCGAGGCUCUGUUCGGCUGGCUUCGUCCAGUCUCAUGGUUCCGCCGCGGAGUAGCUUUCCCACCAGUCCCGGGGUAUCGAGUACUAGCAGAGUAGUGUUUGGGUUCCCAAUGAGAAGCAACCCCAGUUCCCCGUCAGAGCCAGCAGAGAAACCCGGAUCCCGCUGGGUUCGCCUCAAUGUUGGUGGAACCUGCUUUGUCACAACCAAACAGACAUUGUGCAGGGACCCCAAAUCGUUCCUGUACCGAUUGUGUCAAGAAGAUCCGGAUUUGGACUCUGAUAAGGAUGAGACCGGUGCAUACCUGAUUGACAGAGAUCCCACAUACUUUGGCCCCAUUCUGAAUUACCUGCGACAUGGGAAACUGAUCAUGGACAAGAACCUAGCAGAAGAAGGUGUCCUUGAGGAGGCGGAGUUCUACAAUAUUGCGUCAUUGGUGAGGCUGGUAAAGGAGAGGAUACGGGACAACGAGAACAGGACAUCUCAGGGCCCAGUGAAACAUGUGUACCGGGUGCUGCAGUGCCAAGAGGAAGAGCUCACCCAGAUGGUGUCCACCAUGUCAGACGGUUGGAAGUUUGAGCAGCUCAUAAGCAUCGGCUCGUCCUACAACUAUGGCAAUGAGGACCAGGCUGAAUUCCUGUGUGUGGUUUCCCGGGAGCUCAACAACUCCACUAACGGCAUUGUCAUCGAGCCCACUGAGAAGGCCAAGAUCCUCCAGGAGAGAGGUUCACGGAUGUGAUGAGACUCCCAGGCCUGAGCUCACCCUGCUCAGCUCAUGUGACAUUUCCUGAUGUCCCCUGCACCACCUCAGCCACGGUCCAAACCUUCACCUGUUUCACCUCCCCCUCCUCUGGGUGUGCCUUUCCACAGUGGGGGGUUCCCAUCCCCCUCCCCUACAGUGCUGCAACAUAACCCCAUCGUCAUUUCUUAUUCUCAGUUAUAUUCAUGAACAUUUUGAGGGAUUCUGAAGAGAUGGCAAUAGAGUAUUAUUAAAUGUUGUCUGUUGUCAUAAAUUGGCAUUUGAAGAUUCAGGUUUUGCCCCUGAUCAUAAUCCCCAUCUUGUCUAUAGUACCUCCACACAGAGCUAAAUCAUUGUCACCUUCCACAUUCAGGUGAUCACACAGUUAGUGGGGAGCCCUUUCCUUGUCUGUCCAGCUAUGUCGAUUUGGCGGAAAUCUGUGAUAAUCUCCUCAGGACUUUCAAAGGACAGAAAAAAAAUCUACUGACUGUGACCCGCCCCACCUACAACCUUGAAUAUCCACCAUCUCCACAGCUGGAGCUCCAAGACAGUUCAUAGUCGCUUUGGAGGCUGAAGGCAGAGAGGUGGGGCUAAGGACAAUGAAGCCACCAGAAUCUUCUACAGCCCUCAAAUUCAAAUCUGGACCUCAAUCUGGACCCCCCUCACCCCCCAUUCUUCCCCCUCUAAUCAGGGACAGAUUUAAACUUGGGACACGAGGUGGGUGCAAUUUUAAUUAUCAGGUAGAACAGAAAACCAGCAGUAGUAUGGACCUUGUAGGGUAAGAUUUGAAUAACCCUGUUCUACAGCAUCUCUUCUCUUUUGGUCAUCUUGUGCAGUCAGUCCUGGUCUCACACAAACGCUUUCAUAAUAAAACUAGAGGAUAGUGGGGAGGAACAGACCUUUGUCUAACAGAGGCCACCCCACCGUGGUUCAUCAGUGACUUUCACUGCUGAGUGCUGAGCAUCCAUCACACUGAGCAUCCAUUUUUCUUUUUGGCUCGGGUCAAAGUCCUUUGUCACCGGGAGGGCACAUCUUUUUUUUUGUUCUUUUUUUUUUGCAGCCGUGCUAGUGAUGUUUCAGUGCAAAAGAAAACACACAACUUAAAAGACUAAACCACACACAUGUACACAAUUGUCAGGCAUGUGAGGAAUAUAAAUCUAUAUAUAAUGAAAUUAUAUGGAGAAAAUGAAUGCAAAUGAUUAAUAUUUGUCAUAUGUUUGUGUAGUAUGGUGAGUUCAUUCCAUUGGGGGAGGACAUAUCACUCCUCUUGGUGUUUCCCCAUUGACAAAGGUGUACGUUUGUGUAUGCACUGCCUCUCUGCUAUACGUCAAUGAUUGGAAAUAUGAUCAGCGACCCAGAGUUUUUCAAUGACACAACUUCUAAGUCGAUUUUUCUGUUCCUUUGUAACCCUUUCAAACGAUCCUUAUUUCUCGCAGCUCUGUGUUCUCUUUGCAUAUCUUACAAUUGUAAUCGGAGAUAAGAGACGGGUUACAGAAAAGCUGUGAUGGCAUGUGUCCAGUACAGUGUGCCUGUUGGACCUGUGAUCAUCUGUAAUCUGCCUAGCCUUUGUUUCAUUUUCAUGCCAAUUAUCACUCACUGUGCAUUUGCCUGCUACACACCUUGGAGUAUGUUCAGUUAACAGCUUUGCUUUACAUUUUGGCAGUAUGCACUGUUUUGUAACUGGAGUAUGCGGAAAUGAAUAUUUGAAAUGCAUACUCUGGAAUUGUUUAUAGAGUAGGUAUACCCACAGGAACAUUGGGUAUUGAAAUUGCCGCAUGGAUGGGACAUUUCAGCUUUUUGAGUUGUAACGUUGGGGGGGAAAUAAGGAAAUUAUACUUUGUUUCUCAACAAGUGUUACAUCUCUCUGUGCCAACCAGCAGUGAUGGGUACAAGCUUGUCUGGAGUAUACUUCUCUUAUACGCAUAUCAUUGUCCCAGGAGUAAAUCCUGGUAUUACCCCUAUUUGUACUACAUUCUGUCAAUUUGACUGUGUACUUAAAAUAAGUACCCCAUAGGUGAUCAAUGUCACAUAAUCUGUACACCUUUUUCCUGUGUAUAAUGAAUAUUUGGUGCAAUUAUGUUAUAUCGGCAUGUGUAAGAAUGCGUUCAACUUAAAAACCACACCCCAAAAUAAUUACCUGUGCUGUCGUUA